GUGGCCUUUUCUCUGGAUUGAGGCAAUCCACUCGUCUUUGCUAUUAAAGCCGACGGAUCUGUUGCUUUCGUGUUAAUUCACUAGAGCUCAGUGGUCAGUGAAUCUUUCUUGUUCCUUUAGAGCGACACAGAGUUGCUUGCUCAGGUUUUUACAGAAUACAGAUAUCAACGGGAAAAGGUGGAUUUGACUGGAAGGAUUUGCAGAAGAUCAUUUAAAAGUCAAUUGGAUUUGUGCACAGGUUGCCUGGAAAUAGCCGACGCAGGGUCUGUGUGUGUGGACGGCUGGGGCACAGGGCUGAGGACACUCGACAGCUUCAGUGCGGCUUCAGCGACGUAAUGUUGGCGCUUCUUUUUAUUUAAAACAACAUGGGCCAAGGACAGGGCCUCCCAGAAAAGGAGGUGACUCUGCAAAACAUUCAGGAACUCUACCGCAAGUUUGCCAGCGAGUGUCCGAGUGGAAAUCUGCACUUACACGAAUUCAAGAAAAUCUUUGGCAACAGCAAACCUUCCACAGAAGAAGAAGCAGCGUACAUGGAAAAUGUGUUUCGAUCUUUUGACACAAAUAAGGACGGUAAACUGGACUUCAUGGAGUUCGUGGCCGCUGUGCAUCUUGUUUUUCGUGGAAAACUCGAGGACAAACUGAAAUGGUCUUUCAAAGUUUAUGACAGAAAUGGAAAUGGCUGCCUGGACCGACAGGAAGUACGACACAUCGUCAAAAUCAUCAACAAGAUAAAGAGACACAACGACCCGGAGGUCACCGAGAAUAUCGACGACAUCUGCAACCGAAUAUUCGACCUGGUGGACAAGAAUAACGACAGUCAGAUUUCUCUGGAGGAGUUUAUAGAGGGAGCUGAAAAGGACCCGUGGGUGAUGGAUCAGCUCAAACUGGACAUCGCGCCCUGUGAUUGGUUCAUUGAGCAGCUGAGCAAACCCUAAUGACAUGGACACAAAGGGGUCGGGCUGGGGGCCCUGCGCUGCCACCCCUUCAGACACGCCCCUGUUGGCCUUCAGUGACGAGCUCUCGCCUUGUUUCCACACAGAAAUGUUCUUCUGCGACAAUUCAAGGAAAUAAUCAUCUUGUUAUAUUUGAGGGAGCGAGAGGUUCAGAGACUCAGGGAAAUCUCAACUGUGUGAAUCCUUUUUAUUUGUAUUUAUCCUUUAAGAUGAGCAGCAGAACCUUCCAUCAAAUCUUCAAUUUCAACCUGGUUUCACCUUUUCUGGGAGAGAAGCCAUGUUUGUUUUGCACCAAGUGACAGGACACAGCUUCGUGUCAUGACUCAAGACAACCUGUUGUUCUAGGACCUGAUGUUUCCCUGUGAGCUGAGUUGAUUGUUUGAAUUGAACAUGAGGUUGAACACAGGAAAACAAACUGUAAUUCAGCCCAGUUCUGCACAUGGGAGCUUUUACCAUUUGGAUUUAGGCUGACUUACUACUCUUAGCCUUUAAGGCUCCUUGCUGAGCAGUAUGAUAAAGUGGUGACAGUUACACCAGAGACAAUCACACAGACACUCACACGUUGGAAUUUCUGUAACAUUUUCCCCCCUUGACUUAUAUUUGUUUCUCUGAGCUGUACAAAAAAAAUCUACUUUUUAAGAUGUCUUCAUAGGACGAGGUGUUUGUAUGUUAUACAUAUAUACAGUUUGAAAAGUCUGAAUGUUUGCUGCUCACUUUCGUCAUGAGAAAUAAAAUCUCGUCUCAUUUGAAGAUUCCGAUGUGUUUCUCCUGCACCUCCCUCAGGAGAGAGAGACGAGACAAAUCCUCCUGACGACGUCUUCUGCUCCUUCUCAAAGUUUGAUUUACUCUUGAAUUUCAUCACUGGGGCAAAGGUCAGAUAUUUUGUCAGCUCAUGUAAAAGCUUCACUCAUUAUUUCUGACAAAGUUAAGUGGAGUGAGACAGAAAAAGAAGUGUUUUCAAAUCGUGAGUAAAUAUCAGGCUGGGACAAGAGGAAGGACAUUUCUCAAAGGAAAUUGUUUAAUUUUCAUAUUUAAUUGAGCCCUGAAAAGACAAGACAACGAAGAGAUGUUAUUUUGAACGUUCUUCUGGGUGGUUGUGGUUGUCAGAGGGGGCGGGGGCA